GGAUAAUCAGGGCAAAUUUUCAGCUAAUCUUCGCCAAGCACACCACUUUUUGGAGAAAGCCGGGGGUGUUCUCGCUGCAGCUGCUGCGUCUCUUGCUUGCCCUCGCUCCGCUCAUUCACCCCCCAGAUACACGCACAGACACACACGCGUCAUCAGCCACAAAGCAGCGCCGCUACCACCACCGCACCUCGUCUUCCCCCAUACACACACGCAAACCGACACCAUGUCUGGAAUUGACUGCUCCAACCCCGACUCCAUGGAUGUGCGCAUCUAUGACACCACCGUCGAGGGUAUCUACUGCCCAACGUACUCGUCGUUCUUCGGCGUGAUGGGCGCCACCGCCGCCAUGGCUUUCAGCGCUCUCGGUGCCGCGUACGGUACUGCCAAGUCUGGCACCGGUAUCGCCGCCAUGUCCGUGCUCCGCCCCGAGCUCAUCAUGAAGUCCAUCAUCCCCGUUGUCAUGGCCGGUAUCAUUGCCAUCUACGGUCUCGUCGUUGCUGUGCUCAUCUCCAACGGCAUGGGCAGCGCAUCCUCCUACUCUCUCUUCAGUGGUUUCAUCGACCUCGGUGCCGGUCUUGCCGUCGGCAUCAGUGGUCUUGCUGCUGGUUUCGCAAUUGGCAUUGUUGGUGACUCUGGCGUCCGUGGUACUGCACAGCAGCCCAGGUUGUUCGUCGGUAUGAUCCUGAUUCUUAUCUUCGCUGAGGUCCUUGGUCUCUACGGUCUCAUUGUCGCCCUCAUCCUCAACACAAACAGCGGCAGCGGCGAGUGCCACGCAGACUGCUUCAACCCUUGCACUGGCAAGCCAUGCGACUCGAAGUAAGAAGUCUCCCCAGUCCCCCUAUCUCCACCAACAACCAAAUACAACCUUUCAAACCAGUCCCUCUCCUCCUCCUCCUCCUCCUCCUCCUCCUCCAGCAAUGACGCUUGUUCAUCGCCACUGUUUCAUACAUAUACUCGACACUAUCCUUUCGCCUUUCCCUCUUCCACCUCCUGCUCCUCCCUUUUUUCGUUUUGCCCUCCUGGCAUCUCAUCGAACCCUAGAGACAAACAACCGCUUUGUCGUUUCUUGUCUUGUUCUUGUCUUUGUCUGCCUGCAACACACGUGUGUGCCUCUGUGGCAGUAGUGCAAGCGUGUGCGUUUGUCUCAGCCCCACAAUGCGCCCAUUUCGUGUGCUUUGCUUUUUCUGUCUCGUCGUGUGUUUUUCCUUCUCCGAGGUUGUGAUGCUGUUUACACCCUUCUCUGAUUGAAGUGACGACCCAAGGUGUCUGCCAAAUGCGGCCAGCACUCACGGGCAGUCUACAAUAAAUCAACCACUCAAACACAAGU